UCCGCCGGGGAGCGGUUUGGGUGGGCGAGCUCGGGGCCGACGGCGCGGGGCUCCGGGGCUCGGGGCUCGCCCCCGCCGCUCGGGGCAGGCGCGCCGAUGGCGUUUCUCAGGUGACGCUGCGCACAGCGGCUUUCUCCGGGGGCGGAGGAAGCACCUAUGAACCUGUCGGCGACCUUCCUCGCCGGGCGCCAGAACAUCGUGUCAGAAGUUGAGAGUUCCACUAUCGAAAAACAACGGAAAGAGCUGCAGCUGCUCAUUGGAGAAUUAAAAGACCGAGAUAAAGAGCUCAAUGACAUGGUUGCAGUCCAUCAGAGACAGCUUCUUUCAUGGGAAGAGGAUCGGCAGAAAGUGUUGACUUUGGAAGAACGUUGCAGCAAAUUAGAAGGUGAACUACAUAAAAGAACUGAAAUAAUCAAGUCACUCACAAAGAAGGUAAAAACCCUUGAAUCUAAUCAAAUGGAAUGCCAGACGGUUCUUCAGAAGACUCAGCUACAGCUUCAGGAAAUGGUUCAAAAGGCGACCCAUUCCUCUCUCCUAUCUGAAGACCUUGAGGCUAGAAAUGAAAACCUCAGCAACACAUUAAUGGAACUUUCUGCUCAGGUAGGACAAUUACAAGCUCGAGAGCAGGCUCUCACUACCAUGAUAAAGCUAAAGGACAAAGAUAUUAUUGAGGCAGUCAAUCACAUUUCAGACUGCUCAGGAAAAUUUAAAUUGUUAGAACAUGCCUUACGUGAUGCUAAGAUGGUGGAGAGUUGUAUCGUGAAAGAAAAGCAAGACUAUAAGCAGAAAUUGAAGGCACUUAAGAUCGAAAUCAAUAAAUUAAAAGAGAGAGAGAAAAGGAAAGAUGAGUUACUUGAUAUCGCAAAGUCAAAGCAAGAGCGUACAAAUGCGGAGCUGCGUAACCUGAGACAGAUUUACGUAAAACAACAGAGUGAUCUGCAGUUUCUCAAUGUCAAUGUGGAAAAGUCUCAGGAAUUGAUACAGAUAUAUGACUCAAAGAUGGAGGAGUCAAAGUCCCUGGAAUCCAGCAGAGACAUGUGUUUAUCAGACCUUGAAAAUAACCGCUCAAAAGUCAAUAUUAAGAGGGAGAAAAGUCAGAAGUCACUGGUUAAGGACCCAAAAUUUGAGACCAUGUUGAUUCAGCAAAGUAAGUCAGACAGGAGCUCUUGUGAUGUAUGCAAAGAGAAGAAACUACAGGUUAAUACUUCAUUUGGGGAAAAAAGUGUAAUUGCUAUCUCGUCUCUGUUUACGAAAGACUUAAUGGAGAAACAAAAGUCUUGGGAUCUGGGAGGAAAAAUCCAGGAUGAACCCGAAAACAAAAGUAUGCUGUGCAAGAUCCAUGCAAAAUCACCACAAAGUGAUGGACUUGGCAUUCAGAAUGAAGAGAGACAACUCUCAGAAACAUUAACAUCCUUAUCUGAUGAAAAGCAGUGGCACGAUGUCAGUGUUUACUUGGGCCUGGCCAACUGUUCUGGUUCAAAGCAACCAGAAAAGCUGGAUGUUGAAUGUCAAGAUCACAUAGAAAGGUCUGGAAUCUCAUAUUGCCAUAAAAAUGAAGCCUGCCUGGGUGAAAGUGACAUGUGUGAAUCCAAAUGCUGCCACCCGAGUAAUUUCAUAAUUGAAGCCCCAGGCCACAUGUCUGAUGUAGAGUGGAUGAGUAUUUUCAAACCUUCUAAAGUGCAAAGAAUCGUUCACCACAGAUCUGUGUGCACUUGUUCAGAAAGUGCCAGUGGAGCAAAAUAUAACUCCCCAACAAGUGAGCUAGUUGCCAUCCAGCAUUCCCACUGCUGGGGUUCUUCAAAAUCUGCCUUAAGAGAGGAUGAGAAGUUGAUAGAGACAGAGUCCUCUUCUGAUAAAAAGCAUGCUUCUAAGAUUUUGUUAAUCAACAAAGAUGCAGCUUUGCCCGGUGAAAAGGAUGAUUUUUCUCCCACUAGCAAGCUUCAGCGUUUGCUGGCAGAAUCCCGUCAGAUGGUUACAGAUCUGGAGCUGAGUACUCUGCUCCCCCUCAGCUCUGAGAGUUUCAACAGCAGUGCCCAAAAUAAUUUAGAAGUCUCAGAAGAGUCAGCUCAAAAAAAUACCUUUCUCAGUAAUUAGAGAAAACAAAAGUCAACUUCAGUCUUUGUUGUGAUCAUGGAAGCCGAUUUCUCAUCUAUGUGGAAGGCAGGAAGCAGACAUCAAUACCUGGGACUUCACCUUUGAAAACAAAAAGAGGAUUGUAAUCCUUUGUGAGCAACAUUUAAUACCAAAGGGGAGCAGAAACUGAAAGUGAAUUUUUAAACAUCUAUAUUUUGUUUUUCAAAUUACCCAUUUUCUUAUGUAAGAAAUAUUUUUCAUGUGCAAGAAAUUAGCCCUUAUUGUAUAUUGUUUGUAUACGACGGUUAAAUACUAGAAAAGCUCUUUAAUCAAAAUAGAGAAGCCUGCAUAUAAAAUGCUAUUUUAACUAUCUGAUUUUUUUAAAGCUAUGCAUACAUUUAAAUUACAACUAGUGGUUUAUCAGAGUCAGCUCCAAAUAUAUGAGAAAAAGUAUUCUCUUCUCUUGUGGUUUUAGCUCUGGACUUUACUGUGUAAAUAGACAUGAAAUGAUAUAAUAUAAAAUAUUUUUAACUGGAAUUAGCUCCUCGGUUACUGACAGUCGCGGUCCUUCUAUCCCAAAGCUGAGCAGAGCCCCAUGUUGUCGGGGUCUGUAGUCCUGUCUACUCAAACAAACAAAACCUUGCUGGCAGAUCAAGUCUUAUAUGUAUUUUUUUUUUUAUCAUUAAAGACUAAAACACUUAUGUUUUAACUUGUAAAGUAAUUUUUUGAAGAAUAUACUAUGUGCCUCUCUGUCUCUUCUAAGAGAAUU